AGACCCAAGCCUGUCUUCAACGACAGCAACAGCAACAAUAAUGUCGCCUCCACCUGAAGAAAGUCCUGCGCCCGUGUUCCCUCCUCCAAUGGCAGCAAUGUUGCCACCACCAGUCCCAGCUUCGAAUCCAACAAGCUCAUCAAACUCAAGUCGCAAACGCAAGCGAAGUGAUAUCGACAGUGCAAAUGAAUCUAGCGCAUCGUCGACGUCACUCUUCUCGAGGAGGACGAAGCAAAAGAUUGUGGAGCGCAAUAACGGCGAGAGAUGCUGGCAUUGUGGUGGCGGUGCGCCAGACGUCGCUCAUGUUAUAAGUAAGAAAGAUGGGUCGUUCAGCAAAUAUGUAACUUGGGGCCUUCUGACAUUUGAUCAUCUCGGGGACGAGCAAAAUGGUCUUCCUCUUUGCCCUUCGUGCCAUCGAGCAUUCGACGACAUCAAUAACCCCGGCUUGAUAUUUAUUCCUACUGAUCUGGAGUAUUUUAUCGAUUUCGAACUCAAGGACUACCACAACCGACUUGACGUUGCGAGUCGACUGAGCCAUGUUCCUCCUCGAAUCGUUCCGACGCCGCAGAUGUAUGCUGAUUUUCUGAGAGGACGGCAAAUCCUGUCACCCGAGGCAAAAGGAGGAAGUUACUGGCGUUACACCUUGAGGGACUUUUUCCCGGUAAAUGCAGAUAAAAGCUUCAUCCCGGGACUGGGUCCAUUUAAAGAGCCAGGAUUGUGGUGUGGUGCGCCCAUGGCAGCGCUGAGACGUGCCUUCCAAGUUAUCAGCGAUCCAACCGUCGAAGGAAUUCCAGAGGAUCAACUCGAGCAGCUUUGGCAGCUGCGCAAGUUAUACGCCAGAAGGAUACCUUGUGCUGAUACACACGAAUCGCAUACAAGCGAUGUUGCGGAUCAAGAUAUCGGACACAGGACAACAUCAGACGCUGAAGAACCUGCUCAAGCAUCAGCCACUUCGUCAGCGACCUCUGCACCAGCGCACCACAUCACAGGCGCCUUUGUCGAUAAUAAUGAUCGAAGGAACAAUAGUCUCAGGUCUGAAGCCGGUGUCAGUAGGAGUUCCACCACAAAACCAACAUUUACGCCAACGCUAUCUCGGGAUGCGAGAUCCCCACGACUGCGAAAGUUUGGCAGUGGGGCAACCACCGAGAUCAAUAUCCAGCGAUAUCUUACCAUGCUAAAGUCGUAGAGGAGUGUGGUACAAGAGUUCCGUAAACUCAGAUUAUGCGUAUGUAGUUAUCAGACUAUUACAGUAUUACUCCGCACAAUAGAUCCACAAGCGACAAUAUUAUGGAACAGAAUUCGCCAAAUUCCU